AUGGCGACUUUCCAGCGGCGGCGGCCGGAGGCCAGCGCCAGCGCGCGAGAACUGCCCAACUUUGUGAAGCGCCUAGAGGAGCAGCUGUUCCGCACGGCUGCCACCCAGGAGGAGUAUGGGGACCUGGGGACGCUCGAGUCGCGGCUGCAAACGGUGGCGCGGCGCAUGGCGCAGAACCAGCGGGGUCAGGCAGGCGGUGCCGGCGCCGGCGGCAGCGGUGGCGGUGCCGGCGGCAGUGUCGGAGGCAUGAACGGGAUGGUGCCUUCAGCUGCCACGGGGAUGUUCCCUGGUCCGCGGACGCUCAACGGCAUGGAGCAGCAGCCGCAGCAGGUGCAGCAGGCGCCUAACAUGGGCAUGGGUAUGAGCAUGGGCAUGGGCAUGCCGCAGCAGCAGUUUGGCAUGAUGCAGCCCGGGAUGAUGCCACCGGGAAGUGUGCUGCCGUACAGCAGCGCCCCGGCGCCCGAUGGCAGCACCGCUGCAUCAGUGCCGAUCGACAAUGGCGGCUUCAAGAUGGACCCAGGCGCUGGCGCGCCGAUGGGCGUGCCUCAGGGGUCGCCACGGAUCAUGAAACAGGAGGGUGUCAACGGCUUGCCCCCGGGGAUGGUGCCGAUGGGCGCUCUCAACGGCGGCGUCUAUGGUCAGCAGCAGCAGCAGCAGCAGCAGCAGCAGCAGCCAGCUAAUGGCAUGAUGCCCACCCCCGGCAUGAUGCCGACGCCGGGCAUGAUGCCCGUGCCCGGUGGGGCGCCCGGCAUGAGCGGCGUUGGCGGCAUGGGCUUGAGCAUGGGCAUGGGCGCCGGCGUGUCGAUGCCCAUGGGGGCGCCGCAGCUGAUGAGCAACGGCGCGCCGGUGCUACGCAAGGAUCAGUGGGGCGGCGGCGGCAUGAUGCCCGUGAACGGGGGCGAUGCGAUGGGCAGCGGCAUGAUGGGCCCAAUGGGCAUGCAGCCGGGCCAGUAUCUGCAGCCAGGCAUGAUGCCAGCGCCUGGCCCCAUGGGGCAGGUGCCGACCGGGAUGGUGCCUAUGGGCAACGGCGGCAUGCUCAACGGGGGCAUGGCUGUCGGCGGCAUGGGCAAUGGCGGCAUGGUCAACGGCGGCAUGGCUGGCAGCGCCAUGGGCAAUGGUGGCAUGGUCAAUGGCGGCAUGGUCAAUGGCGGCAUGGUGGGGGCCGGCAUGGGCGGCGGCGGCGGCAUGGUGCCGGUCAACCAGGGCCCAAUGAGCAUCCCCAAUGGCAUGGUGCCGAUGAAUGGAAUGGGCGGCAUGAGCGGCUCCAUCGGCAUGGGGCCUGCCGGCGGGUUUGGUGAGAACCGGCCUGUUGCGGCCGGCGGAGGCGGGGGCAUGCCGGGCAGCGGCGGCCUUCCGGGCAUGACCCCUCCGGGUGGGGCGGACACGUCGCCCGGCCUGCAGCAGUCGCAGGCUAGCGGCCUGCCGCAGGCGGGCCCGGGCCCGGGCGGCCAGCCGAGCGCGGCGCAGCAGCAGCAGAUGCAGGGGCGCACCCAGUACAUCCAGAAGCAGCAGCGGUGGCUACUGUUCCUGCGCCACUGCGCCAAGUGCACCCAGUCUGAGUCCGAGUGCCAGUUCAGCCGCAGCUGCCGCGUGGGCAAGGAGCUGUGGCAGCACAUCCUGCAGUGCACCAACGUGAAGUGCGCCUACCCGCGCUGCGUCAGCUCAAAGGACCUGCUCAAGCACCACCAAAAGUGCCAGAACGCGCAGUGCCCGAUCUGCACGCCAGUGAAGGAGUAUGUGCGGCGCUCGCGCAACCACAGCGGCGGCGGCAGCGGCAUGGGCCAGUAUGACCCGGCGGCGUCCAUGUUCCCGCCCAUGGCGUUUGGGCAGGCACCGCCGCAGCAGCAGCAGCAGCAGCAGCAGCAGCAGCAGCAGGCGGCACAGCAGCAGCAACAGGCAGUGGUGGCGCAGCAGCAACUCGCGGCACAACAGCAGCAACAGCAGCAGCAACUCGCUGCGCAGCAGCAGCAGCAACAGCAGCAGAUGCUGGCGGCGCAGCAGCAGCAACAGCAGCAAAUGCUGGCCGCACAGCAGCAACAGCAGCAGCAACAACAGCAGCAGGUGCAGCAGCGGCAGGCCUACGUGGGGCAGAAGCGGCCGCUCAACGGCACGCAGCAGCCGCAGCAGCAGCAGGGCGCGGUGACGCACCCUACCCACCCCGGGGCACCGGGUGACGAGCAGAAGGUCAAGAGGAGCCGCCAAGACGAGGCGGCGCUGCUGGCCAGGAACACGGGCACGUCCCUGCUGGAGACCUUUGACCUGGGGCAGCUGCGCGGCCACGUGGAGCGCGUGCGCGAGGAGGUCGCGCGGCUGGCCACCAAGAGCGGCGGCAGCGGCGGCGCCGCAGCGGCGGCGGCGGCGGCGGCGUACGCGGACCCCAAGGACGUGUGCACGGUCUGCCGGCAAUCCAAGUUCACGUUUGAGCCGCCCUGCCUGUACUGCAUCCAGUGCGGCCAGCGGAUACGGCGGGGCCAGACGUUCCACUCGACGCCGCCGGAGUACGAGAUCAAGGGCUUCUGGUGCCACGGCUGCUUCAACGAGCACAAGGGGGACAGGGUGCCCUUCGACGGCUCGCAGUCUGGCUUUGUGCGCAAGGCUGAGAUCGUGAAGCGCAAGAACGACGAGGAGAUUGAGGAGUACUGGGUGCAGUGCGACUGCUGCGAGGGCUGGGUGCACCAGAUCUGCGGCCUCUUCAACAAGGGGCGCAACAACGCCAACUCAACAUACCUCUGCCCGGACUGCCUGCACAGGGGUCUGGGCGGUGGCCUGCGCAAGCGCAUCGAGACGCGGCCGCAGUCGAUGCUGGAGGCCGCCGACCUGCCGCACUGCGCGCUGAGCCGCGCCAUCCAGGCGCGCCUCGAGCGCCAGCUGGCGGCGGACCGCGCGCGGCGGGCGGCGCAGGCGGGGGUGGCGGUGGAGGCGGUGCCGGCGGCGGAGGGGCUGACGGUGCGGGUCAUCAACAACGUCAUGAAGAAAUGCGAGGUGCGCCCCAAGUUCCUGGAGCUGGCGCGCGCGGAGGGCGCGGCGUACCCCGAGGCGUUCCCCUACCGGCAGCGCGUGAUGCUGCUGUACCAGCGCAUCGACGGCGUCGACGUCGCCAUCUUCUGCAUGUAUGUCCAGGAGUACGGCCCGGACUGCCCGGGGCCAAACCGGUGA